CCACGUGUCAUUAACUAUAUUUUCCUCUCCAAAUCACGACGAUCCCGUUCCUCGAAAUGUGUACUCCUCCUCCUUCUACUUUCGUCUAUCCCCCAAUUCCGAUGUGGGUGGCUACCGUCCCUCAUCUCCCUCCGGUUCUGACGAUCCUCACCACCCCUCGUCCCAAUCCCAACCUUUUCUAUCACUCCCUUCCAAAACCAACCCCCUCUCCUAAUCGCCUCCGCCUCAACAUGUACAAAACAUGGGCCGUGAAGAAGCAGCUCCCUCACCUUCGGAUUCGAAAGCCAGAUGGUGAGAAGUUUCGGUUAGAGUUGGAAAAGAAAGGUUUGGAUUUUGGAUGGCUAGCUGCUUUUCCUCACGUGUUUACUGCCUCCAUGUCGAAUUUUCUGUUUGGCUAUCACAUAGGGGUGAUGAAUGGUCCGAUCGUUUCGAUUGCUCGGGAGCUCGGUUUUGAAGGGAAUUCGAUUCUGGAGGGGCUUGUGGUGAGCAUUUUUAUAGUUGGUGCGUUUCUUGGGAGCAUAUGUUGCGGUUCGAUUGUAGAUAGACUUGGCUGUAGGAGGACCUUUCAGAUUGACACCAUUCCUUUGAUUCUCGGAGCGUUGAUAAGUGCACAAGCGCAUUCCUUGGAUGAAGUACUUUUGGGCAGGUUUCUUGUUGGCCUUGGCAUUGGUGUUAACACCGUUCUUGUUCCUAUCUAUAUCUCAGAGAUUGCUCCAACAAAAUAUAGAGGUUCAUUGGGAACUUUGUGUCAAAUUGGCACAUGUCUUGGGAUCAUUUCAUCACUAUGUCUUGGAAUUCCCUCAGAGACUGAUCCACACUGGUGGAGGACAAUGCUGUAUAUUGCAAGUGUCCCUGGAUUUGUCCUUGCAUUUGGAAUGGAAUUUGCUGUAGAUAGCCCCCGUUGGCUAUGCAAGGUUGGGAGAUUUAGCAAUGCUAAAGAAGUGAUCAAAAAUGUUUGGGGAGCAUCAGAAGUUGAAAAGGCAAUUGAAGAUAUUCAGGCAGUAAUCAAGAAUGAUGGUAGUGAUUUGGAAAGCAGUUGGUCUGAGCUAUUGGAAGAGCCAAACUUUAGAGUUGCAUGGAUAGGAGGUGCCCUUUUUGCACUUCAACAGUUCGCGGGUAUAAAUGGUGUUCUUUACUUUUCAUCAUUGACUUUUCAAGAUGUUGGAAUUACCAGUAGUGCUUUAGCAAGCUUGCUUAUUGGUGUUACCAACUUUGCAGGAGCACUUUGUGCUUUGAACUUGAUUGACAAACAUGGGAGGCAGAAGCUCUUGAUUGGAAGUUACUUGGGAAUGGCACUUUCAAUGUUUCUUGUGGUAUAUGCUAUCAGUUUUCCACGCGAUGGUGAACUUGGUUACAACUUAUCAAUACUGGGAACAGUCAUGUACAUAUUCACCUUUGCAAUAGGAGCCGGCCCAGUCACUGGUCUUAUCAUACCAGAACUCAGCAGUAGCAGAUCACGCGGGAAGAUCAUGGGAUUCAGUUUUUCUGUUCACUGGAUUUGCAACUUCUUGGUGGGUUUAUUUUUCCUCGACUUGGUGGAUAAAUUUGGAGUUGCUCCAGUUUAUUGUACCUUCGGCGGAGUUUCCUUGUUCGCAGCAAUAUUUUCUACCUACUUUAUAGUUGAAACCAAAGGGCUGUCCCUCGAGGAAAUAGAAAUGUCACUAAGCUCUGAUUUCAUCUCCAGAGGCAAGAAGUGACUUUAUAUUGACACUCGAAGAUUCUGAAGAUCGAAACUGUCAUGAUACAUCAUAGAUCAGAUUAAAGUUUCCACGGUGGAGGUUCACAAGUUUAAUACCACAUUUCACAUUUUGUUUUCACGUCCUGUCAAUGUUAAGUUGUUAUGGAAUCAGAAGUUGUCUUCGAAAGAAUACUAUCUUUAGUGGUUAAAUCAGAUAGCUGAGAUGUAUAUGGUUAAAGAAAAUUUUGCUUCAACUUCUCCAGUUAUAUAAUAGUCGUGAAUUUGAGG